AUGGCAGCCGCCGCUGCCGACGACGACGUCAAGCUCGAAUCCUUCCUCCAAUGGCUCCAGGCCAACGGCGCCGACCUCCGCGGCUGCAUGAUCCGCGCAUGCGGCGGCAAGGGUUUUGGCGUCUUCUCCACCGCCGUCCCCGAUCCGGGCUCCAACGACGGUAACUCUCCUCUCCUCUCCCCCUCCCCCGAAUUGACGAGGCUCAUCCGGGCGUUGCGCCGAUAUUUGGAUAUGCUUCCGAGCACCUUCGGGAGUUCCCUUUGGUUUACUGAGGAAGAGCUUGCCGAACUGGAAGGGACGACUCUGCACCGGGCUACGGUGAUCCAGAGGAAGUCAGUGCAAUCCUCAUUUGAUGAGAAGGUUAAAGGACUCGUUGAGGAUCUUUUACAUGUCGAUGAAUCAGCAAGCUUAAUUGAAGUGUUGUUUGAGGAUUUCCUUUGGGCAAACUCAAUCUUCUGGACUCGAGCACUGAACAUACCACUGCCUCAUUCUUAUGUUUUUCCGGGGUCAUGUGGCGAUGAACAAAUCGGAACCGGCAAUGAUGCUUGCUAUUCUGGCCCCCCUGCCCAACAGGAAAUUGACAAUACAGCUAAGGAUCAUAGUGCUGAUGAGAAUUCUAAAUCAAGUAACACAGAGUCAAUUUGGGUUGAGGGCCUUGUCCCAGGAAUUGAUUUCUGCAAUCAUAAUGUAAAGGCACUGGCAACAUGGGAAGUUGAUUCUGUGGGAAAUGCUACUGGAAUUCCUGCUUCAAUGUACCUCUUGCUUGCUGAUAAAAGUUCUGCUGAGGCUGGAGCAGAGAUCUGCAUAAACUAUGGCAACAAAGGAAAUGAGGAACUACUGUACCUCUAUGGAUUUGUGGUUGACAACAAUCCUGAUGAUUAUCUCAUGGUUCAUUAUCCUUUGGAAGCUCUUAGACAGAUCCAGUCUGCUGAUACAAAAAUGCAGCUACUAGAGAUGCAGGAAUUUAUGAGUACUCUACGGACGAUUGCCACGCAAGAACAUGAGCUUGAACAAGUUGCUUCUUUACUUGGAGAGGUUGGAUCUAGUGAAGAUAGAGAAAUAUCUGACGCAGAGAUCCAAAGUGCUAUUUGGGAGGUCUGCGGUGAUCAGGGUGCACUGGGUUUGCUUGUGGAUCUUCUUGGGGUCAAAAUGGCUGAACUUGAAGAGGGCUCUGGAACAGAAGCAUCUGACACUGAACUGCUUGAGCAGUUUGAUUCCAUUCGGUCAGAAGACUACGCGAGUGAAAGUGAUGAGAAGCACAAAAAGAAGUCAAAAAUAAAUUACCGUUCAUGUAUAGUGUACCGAAGAGGGCAAAAGCAGCUGACAAGGUUGUUCCUGAGGGAGGCAGAGCAUCUUCUGGAGCUUUCUGCAAAAGAACAGACCUAA